AUGCGGAAAGUCUGUGCAAUUUUCUGCAACCUGGCGCUUUUGUCUGGAGUCCCAUUGUCAAUAUGCCAGCUAUUGGGUCUCCAGUCGGUGGUCUUCGGUCUUCGGUCUUCGGUCUCCUGGAGUCUCUGGUCUCCGGUCCCUGGUCAUUCACAUUAUCGUUGCAUGUGCCGAGAGGUAACCCCGCAUGGGUGUGUUCGUUCAUCUUUAUUUCUUGUGCGUGCAAAAAUUCAACAAUUGCAGAAAUUGAAACUUUUGCCUCUUGCCGUUGUUGUUGUUGUUGUCGUUGUUGCCACACACAGAAACAUUGAAAGAAAACUUUCAGACAUGAAAAUCGUAAAAAUAAAAUGA